AUGAAACGCGUUGCUUACUUCCAUGACCCAGAUAUCGGUUCCUAUUAUUAUGGGCCUGGGCAUCCAAUGAAACCACAACGCAUCAGAAUGGCUCAUUCAUUGGUGCUCUCUUAUGAUCUUUACCGCCACAUGGAAGUUUUUCGACCUCAUCGCGCAGUUGAACCGGAGCUUCUUUCUUUCCACGAUAGCGAUUACAUAUGCUUUCUUUCAUCAGUAAGCCCGGAAAACUAUCUUGACUUUUCCUACCAAUCAAAGCGAUUCAAUGUGGGUGAGGCUACUGAUUGUCCAGUAUUCGAUGGGCUAUUUGAUUUCCAACAGUCUUGUAGCGGUGCUAGUAUUGAUGGAGCACACAAACUAAACCAUCAACAGGCAGACAUUUGUAUCAAUUGGAGCGGAGGACUGCAUCAUGCAAAACGAAGUGAGGCUUCGGGUUUUUGUUACAUAAACGACAUAGUGCUUGGGAUACUAGAAUUGCUUAAAUAUUACACUAGAGUGAUGUAUAUAGAUAUUGAUAUACACCAUGGCGAUGGAGUGGAGGAAGCUUUUUACGUAACACACCGCGUGAUGACGGUAAGUUUUCACAAAUUUGGUAACUUUUUUCCCGGUACAGGAGAUAUAACCGAUAUUGGCAUGUCAACUGGCAAAUAUUACAGUGUAAAUGUGCCACUAAAUGACGGGAUAGACGAUGAAUCCUUUGUUGAUCUCUUUAAAGUGAUAAUUGGGAAGUGUGUGGAAUCGUAUCGUCCAGGGGCAAUAGUGCUUCAAUGUGGUGCAGAUUCACUCACGGGAGAUAGGCUGGGAAAGUUUAAUUUGACAAUUAAGGGCCACGCUGCUUGCGUGGCCUUUGUCAAGGAACUAAAUAUCCCCUUACUAGUUUUGGGCGGUGGUGGUUAUACUAUUAGGAACGUUGCUCGUUGUUGGGCCUACGAAACGGGUGUGGUUCUUGAUAAGCACAACGAAAUGAGCAAUCAGAUCACGCUUAACGAUUACUAUGAUUACUAUGCCCCAGAUUAUCAACUACAUCUUACACCGCAAAAUAUACCCAACUACAACAAACCGGAACACUUGGAGAAGUUGAAGAUUAGAAUUAUGGAGAAUUUGCGCCAUGUUGAACACGCACCUGGAGUGCAAUUUGCUCAUGUACCGCCGGAUUUCAUUAACUGCCAAGAUGACCCGGAUGAGGAGGAACAGUUGAAGGUCUUUUUGGAAGGCGGUGGACUUGCAUCGGUUGAAAAGAUGAACGCGGAAAAACGAUUGGGAGCCCCGCCAAUUUACAUCAACCACAAGCUCAGGAGGAGGGAUUAUGAGCAUGAUCCAUAUGACUUACCUGAUCGGGACCAAUCUAUACCGAUUUAA